CCGAGCGCUGGGAGGGUAGUGGGACUUCAGUGCUGGGCGCCGCUCCGGGGCUGGUCAUGAACGGGCCAGCGGACGGCGAAGUGGACUACAAGAAGAAGUACCGGAACCUGAAGCGGAAGCUCAAGUUCCUCAUCUACGAACACGAGUGCUUCCAGGAGGAACUGAGGAAGGCACAGAGGAAACUGCUGAAGGUGUCCCGGGACAAGAGUUUCCUCCUAGACCGGCUCCUGCAGUACGAGAACGUGGAUGAAGACUCUUCGGACUCAGAUGCCACUGCAUCUUCAGAUAACAGUGAGACAGAGGGGACACCCAAGUUGUCGGACACGCCAGCCCCCAAGAGGAAAAGAAGCCCUCCGAUGGGGGGUGCCCCCUCUCCCUCCAGCCUCUCUCUGCCUCCUUCAGCAGGGUUUCCCCUUCAGGCCUCCGGGGCCCCCUCCCCAUACCUGAGCUCGCUGGCUUCCCCCCCCUACCCCCCAUUCCCUUCUGACUACCUGGCCCUGCAGCUGCCCGAGCCCAGCCCCCUGAGGCCCAAGCGGGAGAAACGGCCCCGCCUGCCCCGGAAACUCAAGGGCAGGAUGGUGGAGAUGGCCAGGGUCAGCGGAGCCUGGGGCCAAUGGGCAGAGGUGUGUGGCGUGGGCUCGGCAGUUAGGCUUUCUGAGGUGCGGUCCUGAAGUAGAGAAGCUUUGGGGAGCUGAGUUCUAGACAUUCAGGAGAGAAAAUACUGGUUGGGAGAGAGGCCCAGAUCAGUGGCUGUGCCGGGGGAAGGGGUUACUUCAGGGAAGGCCUCCAAGAAGAGGUAACACUCGAGCCCAGGGUAAGUGAGAUUUGGGUGUUACAGGCUGAGGCAGUGGUGGGAGGAAGACAAAGGACAUGACCAGUGUUGUUUGGGCUAGAGCAGGAGGGAUGAGGGAACAGUGUCGGAAAGGAAACUAGGAUGGGGGAUCGUAGAAGGCCUUGGCGCCCAGAGGCGGGCGGGUCUGUGAAGGGAGUGGGGGUUGUUGAGGCUUCUGAGUGGCGUGGCGUGGCGUGAGGAGGGAACGCUGUGAAGACUGAAGCAGGUCCGUUAGGGGCCUCAGUCAGACUCGGCUGGGUUUGAACCCCAGCUCCCCCACGUGACCUUGGGCAUGUCAUGUCACUCUGAGCCUCAGCUUCUCCUGGGGUCACUGGGUCACUGUCACGUUAACGUGAGUGAAGGGAAAGAACACAGCCCAGUGCCUGGUCCCUAGGAAGCCACAGGUCAACACUAGCUGCUGUUGGUCACCUGAGGGGGCCACUGAGUGAGUCCAAGCAGGUUAGGAAGUGGGAGCCGGAGUAGGAAUCAAGAGUAGUGGCCAGAGGAGGGGGACAGUCCUCAUGUCGCUGCUUUUUUCAGCCAUGUAUGUGUCUGCCCCUCUGUGCACACGUGGGUGCCUCGUACUGGAUACAAGGGUGCUAUUCAAUGCUUGGCCUCCUGUCAUCAGUCCUGGCAGUCACCUGUACCCUGAGGUGCUGACCCUGAUUAAAAACCCACUCUGACCCUCCACGCCACCCAGGAACAGGGUGAGGGUGGGCCAUGAGGGCUGAAUGGGUCAAAACAAUGAGAAGGGCCACUGUGAAGACCACACAGAAGCAUUUCCUGCCACCUGCAACCCAGGGCCAGAUUGGACACUGCCCAGUGGGGACCUGGCAGCCUGUGUUCUCCUCUGGCCCGUGGCCUCUCCUCCCUUCCAGGGUGGUCAGGAUGGCCAGGGAGCAUUAAAGCGAAUCACUGUCGGUAUGUGCUCGGUUUGUGCUCUCGGGCAAGGCGUGCAGCCCGCCGAGCUCUCUGGGGGAAGGUUGUCAGGACCUGGCAGGAGUGGGGCUGGAGGGUUCAGCAGGACAGAGGCCACUUCUCAGCCUCAGAGGGCACAGCAGGACUUUUGACAAAUAGAAAAGGACACUGCAGGUGGAAGGACCGCCCGCCGCUCUCAGGCAUGCCCGCUCUCAGGCAUGCGGCACUGCCUGCCCCGCGGGCAGCAGGGGGCCUGAGGCCGUCAGUGGAGGAGUGACACGCUCAGAU